AUGAUUGGGCCUAGGCCCAUGAUGAUCCAUAUGGUGCGAAAGAAGAAAGGGGAAAAGGGAAAGGAGAUUGGCGUUGCAUUGGGGGUGCGUACGUGUAAGUGUUUGGAGUGGGGUCCAGAAUCCACCAUCUCCGUCGGAGAGAGAAACCAGAGACACAGUACAAAAGGGUUGAUCCAGAGGCAGCGAAACCUCGCUUCGUGCCUAUCCUCCACCCUCUUUUGGAGAAUGGACAAGAAAAAGGUAGCAGUUCCCCUUGUGUGCCACGGCCACUCGCGCCCCGUGGUCGAUCUCUUCUACAGUCCUGUUACGCCUGAUGGGUUUUUCCUCAUCAGUGCAAGCAAGGAUUCUAGUCCUAUGCUAAGAAAUGGAGAGACUGGAGACUGGAUUGGAACAUUUGAAGGGCACAAAGGUGCUGUGUGGAGUUGCUGCUUGGAUACUAAUGCCUUACGUGCUGCAACUGCUUCUGCUGAUUUCUCAACGAAAGUUUGGGAUGCUUUAACAGGGGAUGAAUUGCACUCAUUUGAGCAUAAGCAUAUUGUUCGAGCAUGUGCCUUUUCAGAGGAUACUCACCUUUUGCUCACUGGGGGAGUCGAGAAAAUUCUCCGCAUCUAUGAUAUGAAUCGGCCUGAUGCACCACCCAGAGAAGUGGAUAAAUCCCCUGGUUCUGUCAGAACUGUUGCCUGGCUUCAUAGUGACCAGACAAUAUUGAGUUCUUGUACUGAUAUGGGGGGAGUCAGGUUAUGGGAUGUAAGAAGUGGUAAAAUAGUCCAGACACUUGAAACUAAGUCAUCUGUGACUAGUGCUGAAGUGAGUCAAGAUGGCCGUUAUAUUACAACUGCUGAUGGUUCCACUGUAAAGUUUUGGGAUGCUAAUUACUAUGGAUUGGUGAAGAGCUAUGAUAUGCCCUGCACUGUGGAAUCGGUUUCACUGGAGCCUAAGUAUGGGAACAAGUUCGUUGCGGGAGGAGAAGAUAUGUGGGUUCAUGUUUUUGAUUUUCAUACAGGCAAUGAGAUUGCAUGCAACAAGGGGCACCAUGGUCCUGUCCACUGUGUUCGUUUUUCUCCGGGUGGAGAAUCCUAUGCCUCAGGAUCUGAGGAUGGAACCAUCAGAAUAUGGCAAACUGGCCCAUUGACUCUCGAUGACUCGGAGACUUUGUCUGCAAAUGGAUCAAUUGAUAAGGUGAAGGUAACUGCAGAUGAGGUUUCACGCAAGAUUGAGGGUUUUCAUGUUGCUGAUGAGGGAAAAUCUAAAGAAAAGGAUGAGGCUGUGGAGGAAUCAAACUAA